AUGGACGGAUUCUCUUUUCCACCGCCUCCUCCACCUCCACCUAAAGCAGCAUCAUCGUCACAACCAGAAACUCCUAACCAAUUCAACAAUCGAGGAGGUAGAGGCGGAAGAGGGGGACGGGGGAGCCGUGGUUCUUUCAGAGGUCGAGGAGGUGCAUCUCAACGGGGUGGAGGAAACUUUCAGCAUCAAAACACCAAUUCUAGUGGAUAUGGACAAAAUACUGGCAACUACCAACCAAGUUAUGGCAAUCAACAGCAACAACAUCAGAUGCCACAACAGUAUCAAGCCCCACCUGGAUCCUAUGUCAAUCCUGCAUUUGGUGGUAUGCAAGCGCAUUCACAACCUCAAAUGCCUCAAUAUGUUCAGCAAAACGUAUAUGCUGCCGGACAAACUAAUCAACAAUCUUACGGAAAUUUUAGUCAUUCCAACUCACCACCUGGAGGCAAACGGACACGAGAACAGGCUUUCGGUAACUCGAACAGAGGACAUCCCAUGAAGAAGCCAUCGAGCGCACCAAAAGCUCAAGUUGCACCUGCAGUCCCUAGUUUUGGCGCUCCAAUCCUUCCCCAGAAACCACCAGCGCCUCUCUCAUCUGGAAGUGGUAUAAAACAACGACCUUCAACCGGACUCGGUCUCAUUCCCCAGGACUACGGAUCACCAGAGAACUCAGACCAAGAUGAGGACGAGGAUGAAGAAGAAGUUGACGAAGAAGCCGCUCUGAGUGCUUUGCAAAACGGGCCUCUGAGUUUCGAGUUCAAUGGAGAACUUUCAACACUGGGGUCUGCAGCAGAUAUUGCCGAAUGGAUUGAAGAGCGCAAGAAGCGCUGGCCGAGCAAACGCAGAGUGGAGGAGAAAGAGCUAGAAGUCCAAUCACGUAUGGAAGAGCGCAGACGUAUUGAACAAGAAACUCGAGCAGCUAUUGCUAGUGCCUCGGGAGGCGAGUAUCAACCUGUGGAAAGAAGGGAUGAUCGUUCGCAGAGGCAGAUGAGGAAACCUGCUACCGAUAGACAAGCGAGACAGAACGAAGGAUCGACGCUUGAAGAUACGCAGAAAGAGCUUGCACUCCAGAUGCAGAAAGUGGAGGAGUUACAGAAGCUGUUGGCUGAGAAGGGACAAGGGCAAGAAUCAGCUGCCACUGAAACGGCUGAACAAGAUGCCCAAGCGACAGAACAACACGAGCAAGCAGCGUCGAUGAACAACAUGGAAAUUGAUCAGUCUCUCGAACACUCAAACCAAGAUGCCCCUGCAGACGACCAACACCUCUCGGAUUCAGACAGCGACGCACCACCCGAGGAGACAUCCUCGAAGUUAUCACACCCUGUCCGCGUUCCACCACCUACCGCUGGUAAUAAAGCACAGCCGAAACAGCAACAACCUGAGGCCAAACAAUGCAUCAGCUUCCUCAAUCAAGGACGAUGCAAAUUUGGAAACAAGUGUAGAUACAAGCACGAUGCAUCUUCUGGACAGGAAAAGGGGAAGAGGAAGACAUUGUAUCAGAGAAUANNGCUUGUUGAGCAAGAGAUGGACGAGGAAAAUAAGCUUGCAUUGCAGGCCAUCAAAUAUCUUGGUGGUGUCGGCUUCUUCUCCAAGCAUGCGGCCUCAACUUGA